CGUAGUUGGCCGUAGCGCGCGCGCGAAGCACUCGCGUACUAGAAGCGAACCGCUUCCCCAGUUCGAAAACCGAAUAUAGGGCUUGAAGACUUCGCUUAGUUGUACCAAGUGCUGGAGCCGCGGACUUUUGGACUGAUAGUAGGAUAGUUUUGCGAGAUGCCUUUGUUAUAUUUGCCCGAGAGAGUGGACAUGGCGCUGUCGAUCCAGUAGUUGCCAGGAGUUAGUGCUGCCGAGGCGAGAUGAGGGACAAAACCACGUGGAUGUUGUUGCUGAUUCUUCCGUUGGUGAUUGUGACUUCGCGACCAGUGCAAGACCACAAUGGAGAGGGAAAAGUUGAUCUCAACGCGCCCAGCGAGCCCGCCGACCAAAGGAAAAAUGACGAAGUAAUAUCCGUGAGCAUUACGUCCUCGGUCGCAGUCGGUAGAGGCAAGGGCAAGCAGAUAGAAAUCCUGGAACCGGAGGAAGAUCUGAUCGCUCACGAGACUGCUUCUGUAACUCCCGCCAUAGCGACCAUCGAAACAACCACUCCCAGCAACGAAACUCUCGAAGAACCCGCACCAUCCUUAGCAGGCGCCAACAUAGAGUUCAUCAAACAACUUCAUUCGAAAAAAGAAGCUCAAGGAACCCAUCAUCUAGAACAAGUCCACCCAUUCCAGUUGCAAAUCAAACAUCACUUAACGAACGACUCCAACGAACCCUUAAAUGCCGAAGUGAAAGAAAUCACCGAUGACAUUCAGGAAGAGAUUGCAAAUAUACCAUUAGGUAGAUCGGUAGCGCUCUCGCCGCCCUCGCAAAAUUAUAUUCAAGGUCUGUCACUCAGUGAAAGGGGGCAGGGUCCGAGAUUGACAACUGUUAGUUUUAAUAUACUACACGACACGCCCAAAACUAUAUCUAAUUAUAAAGAGCACAAACCGGCUCCAGCGUUUCCGGAGCAGCCUAUAUACAGCGAGCAACCGAAGAUAUACAGUCAGCCAGCGCAAGUUUACAGUGAACCCGCCAAGUUUUACAGCGAACCGGCAAAGGUGUACAGUGAGCCUGCGAAAGUUUACAGCGAGCCAUCCAAAGUGUACAGCGAACCGGCGAAGAUAUACAGUGAACCCGCGAAGUUCUACAGUCCCCACGCCUCGCUCAAUCUGCCGCCGCAAGAAGCGCCGGACCCUACUCCGUGGCAAGACACACAAACGCCUUCAUCCGUAGUCGUAGAUACCACGACAGGCACGACGACUGUACAACCGGAGCAUGGGCCGGAAAAGAACUACGAAGUCGACGAGAAAGACAGCGUAUUGACGGAUGGUCAAAGCCAUGGGGUCCAAGAAUCUGGUCAAGAGUGCAAAGACGACAGCUGCAAGGUGGGGUAUGUUGUGGAGGGGCGGCAGUACCGCAAGUACCGCGUGGAGGAGCGCACGGCGGACGGGUUCAUCGUGGGCGAGUACGGCGUGGUGCGCAACGAGGACGGCGCGCUGCGCGGCGUGCGCUACACCGCCGACGGCGACGCCAGCCCCCGCCUCAUCUACGACGCACUCAUGAAGUUCCUGCAGCUCUAAUAACACAUUACAACGCUAAUUAGACAACUAACAAAAAUCUACAGAGUGCCACUGUUAG